AUGGCAGGGAUCUCGGUGGCGAGCGUGGAGGGCGCCGGCAUAGCCGCGGGCUCCCCGUACGGGUGCGGCGUGCAACCCGAUCAGGAGGAUCGCUGCUACUAUGGGCAUGUUGACAUUCCGGCGUCCGUGGGUCACGCGUAUCGCCGGCAGGCACAGGGCCAUAUCGACAGCCUGUCGAACUUGAAGCAGACCCCUGUCCUGCUCUUCAAUGGCAAGAAAGACAACGAAGUGUACAAAAGGACUAUGGUGGACACCUUCCAUCAACUUCAGUAUUUCGUGGACGCAAAGUUCCUGCACACCGCCUUCGAAACAGAUGCCGCGCACGUGUGGAGCGUGGAUCAUGGCAACUGCGAUUGUGGGGCCUGCAGUGACUUCAUGGAUAAACCGAUCUGCUGCGACGUGAACAACUGCGUCUACGACCUGAGCGGCGACAUGCUGCGGAAGAUUUACGGACCGCUGCGAGAACGUGCGCAGGUUCAUCCAGUGCUGCGCCGGAUCAACCAGUGGAAAUAUGUUCCACGGCGGGACUCGGACGUUAACACGACGACCGGUUCCACCCAGACGGACACUGCCCAGGCCCGCAACCGGCACGGAAUGUGGCACUGGGCGCUCGCGUACGUCCCUCGUGGCUGCGUGGGCAAGGUCCAUGAAUGCCGCGUCCAUGUGAAUUACCACGGAUGCAUUCGGAAAACUCUCCAGCGCCGGCGGCUGUGGGCUUCUUCGAUCGACCUCAAUGAGUACGGCGAGGCCAAUAACAUCGUGAUGCUCUACCCUCAGGCGGCCGGCAGCGACGAAGUUGGCAUUGGCUGCUGGAACUGGGGAGACGACUCAGUGGAUCCGCAGUUCGACACCAGGUUGUCGUACCAGUUGCGCACGGUCAUGAACAUGCUCUCAGACCUUGAGAAUGCCCUCGCAGAGGCAGACCUAUUGUAUCCGGAGGAGCCUGCCAGGCAUUUCGCCGAGCCAGAUGCAUCCCACGUGCCAACAAUUAUGGCUUAG